AGAGAUGGCUGCUCCCCCCCCCUUCUUUUCUUGCGAUGGUGAUGAUGAUGGUGGCCUCCUCCUCCUCCUCCUCCUCCUCCUCGCCAGGCGAUCCCGCCCUCUCCACCGUCCGAUAACUCCCGACGCCGCCGAUCCGACGCCCGAUCAUGCCCGCCGGUGGACGGUGGGCCGUCAUGUUCCCUGACGAGGUCUGGGAGCACAUCUUCUCCUUCGUCGCUGACGACCGCGACCGCAACGCCGUCUCCCUCGUCUGUAGCGGCUGGUACCGUAUCGAGCGCCGCUCCCGCCGCCGGAUCUUCGUUGGCAACUGCUACGCUAUCUCCCCCGCCGCCGCCGUCCGCCGCUUCCCCGAGGUCCGGGCCGUCUCCAUCAAGGGCAAGCCCCACUUCGCUGACUUCAACCUCGUACCCAGCGACUGGGGCGGUGGGGCUGAGGCUUGGGUCGCCGCCAUGGCCGAAGGGUGGCCGCAGCUCGAGGAGCUCCGCCUCAAGCGGAUGGUCGUCACCGACGACUGCUUCGAGCUCAUUGCCCGAUCGUUCAAGAACUUUAGAGUCCUCGCGCUUUCCUCCUGCGAGGGGUUCAGCACCGCCGGCCUCGCCGCAAUCGCCGCCAAUUGCAGAAAUCUAAGGGAGAUUGACUUACAUGAAAAUGAAGUAGAGGAUAAUUCUGUGCACUGGCUCAGCCAUUUUCCUGAAUCUUUCACUUCUUUGGUAAAUUUGAACAUUGCUUGCUUGGAAGGGGAGGUGAAUGUCUGUGUCCUUGAGCGCCUUGUGAGCAGAUGCACCAACCUCAAGACCCUCAAGCUCAACCAUGCUGUGCCUCUUGAUAGGCUUGUCAACCUCCUGCACAGGGCCCCGCAGCUGGCUGACCUUGGAACUGGCAGGUUCUCUGCAGAAUAUCGUGCAGAGCUCUUCUCCAAGCUUGAAUCAGCCUUUGCAAGCUGUAAGAGCAUGAAGAGCAUAUCUGGGAUCUUCGAAGCUGUUCCAGCAUAUAUCCCAGCAAUCUACUCAGUCUGUAAUGGCCUCACAUCUCUGAAUUUAAGUUAUGCUACCAUUCAGAGCCCUGACCUCAUCAAGCUAGUCAGCCGGUGCAAGAAUCUCCAACGAUUAUGGGUAAUGGACUUGAUUGAGGAUAAUGGUCUAGCUGCUGUGGCAUCAUCUUGUAAGCGGCUUCAAGAACUGCGUGUCUUCCCUUCUGAUCCUUUUGGUGCAGCACAGCCUGUUUCUCUCACUGAGCAUGGCCUUGUCACUGUCUCUGUGGGAUGUCCAAUGCUCCAGUCAGUCCUCUACUUCUGCCGACAAAUGACGAAUGCUGCUCUCUUCACUGUUGCCAGGAAUCGUCCCAAUCUUAUGUGCUUUCGUCUAUGCAUCAUUGAUCCCCACACACCUGACUAUAACACUCUAGAGCCACUAGAUGUAGGCUUUAGUGCCAUCGUAGAAUCUUGCAAGGAUCUCAGGCGUCUCUCCCUCUCGGGUCUCCUCACCGACAAUGUGUUUAGAUCCAUUGGGGCCUUCGCAGAUCGCCUUGAGAUGCUCUCGGUUGCAUUUGCUGGGAAUAGUGAUGCUGGUCUCCAUUACAUUCUCUCAGGCUGCAAGAGCUUACGAAAGCUGGAAAUCAGGGACUGCCCAUUUGGAGACAAGGCUUUGUUGGCCAAUGCUGCUAAGCUAGAGACAAUGCGAUCCCUUUGGAUGUCGUCAUGCUCUGUGAGCUUGGGAGCAUGCAAGUUGCUGGCCCAGAAGAUGCCAUGGCUUAACGUGGAGGUUAUCGAUGAGUGGAGAGGAGGGUUAUGGGAUUCACGGCCCGAUGAUUGCCCUGUUGAGAAGCUCUAUGUUUACCGGACAGUUGCUGGGCCAAGAUCUGACACACCACCUUGCGUCUGGACGGUAUAAGGUGCUUCGAGAUGAUGUGGAGGUACUGAUUUCUUUCUUUGAUUGUCGUCCACUUAAGUAUUCAUGUUGUUUUGCUCAAUCAUUUGUUCAAGUGAUGAGUGCAUGGUUGGGCACCACAUGGAGCUUGGAUCAGGUUAUGAUGCCUUCACCGAUUUAACUGCUGCAAAGUAGCUAGAGUCUUGAGGUUGUACUGUCAAUAAGAGAAAUGAAUGGAACUAUAUAUUCUAUCUUCUAUAACAUGUUUUAGUGAGGACCACGGAGGAAGCUUUGCUUGUUAGGUGUAGUUAUGUACAUGAGGGUCUUUUAUUUCCUCUCAUUAGUGCAUCGGCAGCUUUGUAUUUUAUGAAAAUUUAAAUUUUCGAGUAAUAUGCUAACUUCUUAUAUGUGU